AUGGAUGUUUUUGAAACUUUACUGUUGAGCGAUGUUCAGGUGAACCGCGGGUCGUCUCAACUGACCAAAAUCUCGUUUAAAUCCAAAUCGUCAGAGUCAAUAGUUAUCGAUCUUGUUGCCAAGAAAAUAUCCCAAACAACUCCUAUGGAAUUUAUUCAGGACCGCUCGAAACUUCUUCUCAAGGUGCCGUCAAGCUUCAAUGGUGUGGAAGUCGAGUUUGCAAGAUCUCCUGGACUCUACUUAUUGGUAUCGGGCGGGGCAGAUGAUAAAGUGUCCAAAUAUCUGAUAGACCCUAAUGCAACGUCAAGGACGUUCGAUAUCGAGCCCAAUUCCAUUGGAAAGCUCACAAUCCAACUCACAGAGAAUAAGUUAGCGCUUUCAAGGCUAUCGGUGCACAUUUUUGCGGAUAAUUCGUUUUCUCCGCCGUCUAAAAUAGAAGAGAAACCAGUUCCUGCAGUGUUCCCAACUCCGUCCACGUCUCCGUUCCCGGUGUCGAUGGAAGACGGACCCGUUUUCAGAGAAACAUUGAGCGACUACGAAACAAAGAUCACCGCUUUGAAGCAAGCAACGAAAUCCACUAUUGAUUAUCUGUCUAAUUAUGAAUCUUUGUCAAACCAACUGUUGAGCUCUAGAACUACUCUGAUAAGCUCGUUCAGCACUAUCCAGAGCAAUUUUCCAACGUUCUACUCUUGUGAGUUUGACAAGGAAAUGGUCAAGCUGUUCCAGAACCUUACAGAUGAAAACAAGUCGGCGAUUAAACGUUUAAGAUCCAAGCUCCCAUUCACCGAUAAUUUGUCCGGCUUGGAAACCAGCGUGGCCUCCAAAAAACGCAUCUUUGAAGAAGAAAGUAAGAGGUACUACGACUGGCUCUCGAAACUUCUUAGUUCUGGAAAAUCCAAAGACGAGAAGUUCUUAAUGAAACGGAAAGCUUUUGAACUUGCCAAGAUCGAUUUCUUUGCAUAUUUACUUGACACGUUAGUUGGGCUUACGCUUAAUUUUUGCAAUCGUGACAAUUCUUUCAUAAGCAGUUACAACACGUCAAAGACUCAACGGAAAAAGAGCAGACAGGCGAUCGAAAAGGCCUCGUCAAUGGCCGAAUUGAACAGCGAGUUGUCCAAGCUUAACGGUCUUCCUGGACCAAACAAAUCGGGUAUUCUAUUCACCCAGGGAGGACAAGGUAAGUCUGGUUGGCACAAGCAAUGGAUUGUGUUGAACAAUGGAAGACUUUCUGAGUUCAUGGACUGGAGAAAGGGAACAUCCAGGAGAAACGACCCGAUUGACAUUUCAUUGUGCAGUAUCAAGCCUUUGGACUUGGAAAAGCGCAAAAAUUGUUUCCGGAUUAUAACUAACACCGGAAUUGAGCACUACUUCCAGGCUACAACUGAAGAAGACCGCGAGUCGUGGAUCCAGGCGUUAUAUGAUGCAGGUCAACAGAUCAACUUCCACAAAGCCAAGACGGAUUCUGCUAAAAAUAGCCCCGUGCUCAACGUUCACAAGCUAAGAAACACAUUGACCCCGGGACGUAGCUCCAAGGAAGCCGUCAUCGCCGACGAAGGAAGACAGCGCAGAGUGUCUUCUGUUUCUUUAGAAAAUCUACGAAUUGUGCAGAAAGUGGACUCGAGCAACUUUAUGUGCAGCGAAUGUGGCUCGAGUGAUUCGGUGGAAUGGGUUUCCAUGAACCUGUUGGUUGUCUUUUGCGUGAAAUGUUCUUCGUGCCAUCGGUCUUUGGGAACGUCUAUCUCAAAGGUGAGAUCGCUGAAACUGGAUGUUUUCACUGUCGAGGCGCGUGCACUGCUGCAUUCCAUUAACAAUCGCUCUACUAAUGCUGUUUAUGAAGAACUUUUGCCCAAGUCUGGGCGAAUCAACCCAGAUUCGUCCGAUAAAGACCGGCUGAAAUUCAUCACCGAGAAGUACGUUGCAAAACAGUAUGUGAAUCGCAAAGAUGCAGCCAAGGCAUCUGAUUUCCUCAUCCACGGUGUGAGGACACAUAAUUUGCAGGAGGUGAUAAAGAGUCUUGCUCUUGGUGUGGACCGGGACCUUCGACUCUACAAACCAACAGACCAGCUUUCAGAUCUCGAACCUGUGUCGUUUUCUGUUCUGGAAUACGUUCUUCUCUAUCCAUUGCUUGAAGGCAAGGACAAGACCAUCAAGGUGUUUGACCUUGCUGAGUUUUUAAUAUUGAACGGCACCAAAUGUGGUGAUAGCACCCAGAACGUUCUUGGGCUUUCUGACGAAGCUCUGGCGUACUGGCAAGCCAAAAUUGACAGGCUCAAGGGAUCGGCCUCCAAGUCAUCUCCUGUGAGUGUCUCUGUGCCUACAGCAUCCUCUUUGACGACUGGCACUACAAAGCCCGCUGUAAAAGAACACAAGUUCAAUCUGCUGAAAAAGAUGAAGAGCUAA